AGAAAUUAAUUAAAAAGUUUAAGUCGCGUAAUUCGACAUUUUAAACGCGUCUCAUCACCUCCUCUCCCUUCUCCUCCUCCACAAAACACCGCCUCAUACCACAGACAAUGACUAGCUACGGCGGAUACGGCGCGACCGGCGGCAACGACGGGGGCUUUUUCGGGGGCUCCCAGAGCGGGAGCCAAGCGGCGAACGCGGUGAGCGAAGAUUCGCUGCGGCCGGUAACGGUAAAGCAAAUCAUCGACGCGGAGCAGUUAUUCAACCGGGAGAACAGCUUCCGGAUCGACGGCGCCGACGUCUCUCAGGUCACCUUCGUCGGCAUGGUCCGCCAGAUCAGCCCCCAGACCACCAACAUCACCUACCGCCUCGACGACGGCACCGGCAUCAUCGAGGUCAAGCAGUGGCUCGACGCCGACCGCCAGGACGACGCCGCCCACAACCCCUUCCACGAGGAGCAGUACGUCCGCGUCUGGGGCCGCCUCCGCAGCUUUGGCAAUAAGCGCCACGUCGGCGUCCACGUCAUCAAGCCCGUCACCGACUUCAACGAGGUCAACUACCACCUGCUCGAGGCUACCUACGUGCAUCUGUUCUUCACCCGUGGUGCGUUAGGCGGCGGCGGCGGCGGCGGCGAUGGAAAUGCCGCCGAGGACGACAGCAUGUUCGUAGAGAACAACGAUGCUAUGUUCUUGCAAGGCGCGUCGGUUAAAGCACGAAAGAUGUACCAGUACCUCAACCAGUCGAAGAGCGGGGAGGGCACCCACAUGCACGUCAUAGCUAAGGAGACAGGCAUGACGAUCCAGGAUGUUAUGGCUGCUGCCGAAGAGCUGCUAGGUCACGGCAAAAUCUACACUACUCUUGACGACGAGACAUUUGCCGUCCUGGAAGGAUUCUAAAAAUGUGGUUUCAGUAGCGGGUUGCUAUCGAGGCAAAGGCAAAAUUUUUGUUACAUGUCACGUUCCGGCGUUGUUGGCAUGAUGAAAGAUUAUAAGGCAUAAAGCGGACAUCGAUCACAUGGGUUUGGCUAAGAAUGGAACCAACA